UCUUUCCUCACUCUUUUUCUUCUUACAUACAAAAAAAAAAUCCACUAAAAAAAAUCCUUGAAUACCAAAUUUAACCAAUCGAAUUUUCAAGUCUGCGUGUGUAUACCUCUGACAAAUGCCAGGAACAAUACAAGUUUCAGUUCUUGGUCUUAUCGAUGUUCAGACAUCUUCUCCAGGUUCUUCAAACACUUCCAUUAAAGUUGCUAUGGGAAAGCUAGAGUAUCAAACUUCAGAUUCAGGAGACUACAUUUUUCCAGUUACGAGGCUCCGAGAGAAUUUGAUUGUUACUCUGUUAGAUGUUAAUGGAAACCAAAUAUUACAGAAAGAGAUAGAGACAAGAAUGAUAAUAGAGAGUGGUUUCUUGGAAGAGAAACUUUCAUUCAAUGGCUAUGGAAAUGUUCAAUUGAAAAUGCAGUUUGUUCUCAGUGAGGAAGAUCGAAAUCGCAUACGUUUCUUGAGACAAUCUGCAUUGCGAAAGAAGCAUGAGGAGCUUGUCAAUGGCAGUUCUUUUACCAAAUCUAAAAGCAUUGCUUCAGAUUUGUCAUCUUUAAGUUCAAUGCAAUCUCGAGACAUCGUGGCUGUUGCUAGUUCAAAGACAAAUCUUGGUCUGUCUCAAGAAACAAAGCUGAAAACUAAUGCAGAUAGAGAUCCGGUUUCGUCAAAUCUUAUAAUGUGGAAGCCUGAAGUAAAAGAUUCAGUCGAGAAGACGAAUAUUCAACUAUCUUCUUCAGAUGUUUCUUCAAGCAAGAAGGUUCCCGAGGUUAAAAAACUCGAAAGUGUAUCGUUAGUGAAGCAAGAAGAUAAGGGUUUGAACAAACCAAGCAAGAAGCUUAUAGAGGCCGAGAGUGUAUUGUUAGUGAAGCAGGAAGAUAAGGGAUUGAGCAAACCGAGAAAGAAGUUUACAGAGGCUAAAACCCCCGAGAGUGUAUCGUUAGUGAAGCAAGAAGAGACGGGUUUGAGCAAACCGGAAAGAAAGCCUAAACGGAAGUCAAUGAGGCGGAGUAUGUCAGAUUCAAAUUUGAACAAUGUGCGGAAAAUGAUUAGCAACUUUGAGGUCAAAGUUACUCAGGAUACAAAAAUUAGGACAGCGAAGAUUCAAACUGAUUCUUGUAAAGAUGCGGAGGAGAAAACUAAGGCGCAACCACCAGCGGAAAGCACUGUGAAUCUAGAGAAAUCGGAAGAAAGGAAGAUAAUAAGCUUUAAUAAUAUGGAGAAGUCAGUGUGUAGUGAUAACACAGAUAGAUGUGAUGAUUUAGUAAUAGUUUCAAGAGAUGAAAGGACAAUGGAUAUAGAGGACAAGAGUCUUGAGCAUAGCACUAGAAGAAGUGACUUGUUAAGUACGCAAAGACGAAGUUUGGUGGUAGAAGUAAGGGAUGAUGAGAAGAAACAGAACAAAUCUGUGUGGUUGAAAGAUUCUCAACUUGAGAAUGCACGAGGAUCUCGUCUCUGGAUAUUUCCAGAUGAGGCAAAAGAUUUGUGUUGCGAAACAGAUUUAGGAACAAGACAUUUGGAUUUGGAUUUAGCAGAAGCAAAUUUGUUACAAAAAAGGAUAGACGAGUCUACUAGGGAAAACAUCGGUGAGAGGGGAAGCCGUUGCAUAAACAUCGCGAAAAUAAAUAGCAACAACAAGUGGACGAACAUUGAGCGAUCAAAGAAACAAAAGUCUGAGAACUCUGCAGAGUCAGAAAGUUCAGGACGACCUGUUGGGCAAGUGAGUUUAUCAACCGACAUGUUUAGGGCUUAUUGACAAACCAAAAUCUUUUCAUCAUAUUGUUGUAACUUUCAGGUGAUGCGUGCGUUGAUCGUGGUGGGUUUUGCAGGAUUGGUGUUUUUGACACGACAAUGAACUUAAACAGGUUUCUGUCCGCUUAAAAAUGAAGCCGUUUUGAACUCUGUUUUGUUUCUUGUUACGGACGAAAGUUAAAGUAAAGUAGGGUUCUUGUGUUAUAAGCUUUCCCUGAUAUUUCCUUCCUUCGAUAAUGCUUUCUGCAGAUGAGCCAAUACUGCGUUUGAGAGGAUUGGAUCAGUUCUUUUAAACUUAUACUUGUAUUAUUGCACAUAUUUAUAGUUUUCAAUAACACGCUUUCAGGCGUUAAAUAAAAUUUCAAGUUUCCAAUUCUUCAGGUGCCAAUUGAUCAAACAGAAAUAUUUGGUUAAAUGUGA